AUGGAGUGGGCGAAGAGGCCCUACCGCGAAGGCCUGAUGCGCGGGCGGGGUGAGCUCCCCAAGGCGAGGUCCAUUCUUAUCAUGGACAACUUGCACGCGCAGACGAAGGACGAUUUCAAGGAGUGCCUUGCGAAGCAAUGUAACACUCUCGCCUGGUAUGGCCCUUCGGAGUGCACGGACGAGGUGCAGCCAGUUGAUGCAGGAGCCGGCCGAUUUUUCAAGGUGGAAGUUGGGAGGCAGAUGGACAUAUGGCUCGAGCAGCCAGAGCAGCCAUGGCAAGACUCAACAGCCAACAGGCCUUCCGAUACCGCCUUUCCGAAAAAGUGCGGGAUGGCCAUGACCGUGGACGGCUCAGGCGAUGAUCGAACCACCUUGGAGGGUCUGGACAAGCCGUACACCUUCUUCGCAAAAGAUGAAGACAGUAGCGAGGACGAACAAGGCUCGGAGAACGGCAGCGAUGAGCCUGAGGGGCGGGGGCAGAAGGGCGAUGGAGGAUACACGUCUCUACCCCAGACCUACGAGCUAACUCUUCUGGGUGACGACUACAAGAGGGACCCACAAGACCCGGAGGACGAGAUACAGGGAAUGGAGAUCCCGGCAAGCUUUCGUAUUAAAGAAGCUAAACCCGUUGCGCUUGACAGAUUGUUUUGGCGGCGUGGAGUGCUUGUUAAGCUGGGGAUGGGUGCGCUGGAGCUACACCAGAGUACGUGCAAGAUGAGGUUGCCCUUUGACAAGUGCAGCGGAGAUCCGGAUACGGCUGCAGGCUCCUGGGUUUUGCUUGAUUGGGAGCGUUCGUAG